CGGGAAGGAUUUGGGCGCUGCACCGCCGCGCACGCCGUCCUUCAGCCGGGCGCCGGGAGGAGAAGGCUUCCCGCUGAGGCCCCUCCAGGUCGUGGUGGUUUUCCUCGUGCUUGGCGAUCUGAGGCUAGGCCUCGAGUGGAAACGGUGCCAAUAUGAUGACCGGACGGCCGGGCCGAGUGCCCUUAAAGUUGGUACCAGAUGAGGCCCGGAGUCUGCCUCCGCCCAAACUGACCGACCCGCGGCUUCUCUACUUCGGCUUCCUAGGCUACUGCUCAGGCUUACUCGAUAAUGGGCUCCGGCGGAGGCCGCCGCUGACCGCGGGUGUGCAUCGCCAGCUUCUGUAUGUUACUUCCUUUAUGUUUAUUGGAUAUUACCUUCUAAAACGGCAAGACUAUAUGUAUGCCAUCAGGGAUCAUGACAUGUUUGCAUAUAUGAAAUCACAUCCGGAGGAUUUUCCUGAGAAAGAUAAGAAAACUUACAGUGAAAUUCAUGAAGAAUUCUAUCCAGUUCGUUGAAGUCUUCAAAACACUUCAUUUAAUCAAGACCUGUUAUUUCUGAAUUUCAUGGAAUGUUUCCAUGACCGAGGUUGAUGUUAAUCUCUGUGCUACAAUUAAAAUGAUUAUUAUGAGUA